GAUGUCCUUGUUGUAUUAUUUCAUUUCCAGACAAAGCAAAGAUGUUUUCAAACCACAAUGGAGUCCUGCUUAGCAUCCUUUGCCUUUGUGCAAUCAGUUGCACAGAGGUCUUUGGAUUGUCUUCAGUAAUCCGUGUGAGAAAUGGAGGCCAAUGGGGCGAGUGGCAGUUUCGUGAAAAUUGUCCUAAUGGAUGGAUUGCCUAUGGAUUUGCUAUGAAGGUAGAGGCACCCCAAGGAAGUGGAGAUGAUACAGCACUGAAUGGAAUACGGCUGUUCUGUAAGGCAUCAGAAGUAUCUACUGAUACAUUUAGUAUUGAAUCGGAGAGUGGCCUGUGGGGCACAUGGACAGAACCAAUGUGGUGCCGAGAAGGUUUUCUCAAAGCAUUCCUGUUGAAAGUGCAGCAUCCUAAGAUGUACGAUGAUGAAACUGCAGCCAACGACAUCAAGUUCAUAUGCUCUGAUAAGACAUUAGCGAAG